CUGCGCAUUCCGCGGCGACCGGCGUGGCGGCGGGAGCAGAGCCCAGAGGAGGUGGAUGCGCAGGAGCGCGCGGCGUUCCUGACGUGGCGGCGCGAGCUGGCGGCGGUUGAAGCGCAGGAGCUGCUGGUGCUGACGCCCUUUGAGAAGAACCUGGAGGUCUGGCGCCAGCUCUGGCGCGUCCUCGAGCGCUCCCACAUCGUCGUGUUGGAUGCGAGGGAUCCGCUGCGGUACCGGUCGGAGGACAUGGACGACUUUGCGCGCGAGCUGCACCCGGCCAAGGCCUCUCUCAUGCUGCUGAACAAGGCGGACCUGCUGCCGCUGCGGCUGCGUUCCGCGUGGGCCGACUACUUUGAGGCGCGCGGCGUCGACUUCAUCUUCUGGUCCGCCAAGGCCGCCUCCGAGCGCCCGCUCAACCCUGGUGCGCCCUCUCGCUCAGCUGGCUUCUCUGGUAUACCCUGGCCGCUGCAUGCCGUUGAUCUUGCCGUUGGCGCCGUUCUCAUAAGCCUGCUGCAGCAGCGUGCGCAGGCGGCCGUGGACGCCGGGAGCAGAGUGGAGACCUUGGGGUCGGAGGGUGAGCGGCUGAUGGUGGGCCUGACAGGCUACCCCAAUGUGGGCAAGUCAUCCACCAUCAACGCGCUGUUCGGCUCCAAGAAGACCGCUGUGGCCGCCACGCCCGGCAAGACCAAGCACUUCCAGACCCUCAACAUCACCGAGCGCCUCACCCUCUGCGACUGCCCUGGCCUUGUCCUGCCCAAAUACGCCGCUUCCAAGGCCGAAAUGUGCCUUUUCUACCUGUGUGCAGGCGUGAUUCCCAUUGAGCGGCUGACGGACGUGCGCGCGCCGGCGGAGGUGAUAGCGCAGCGCAUCCCUCGCACAGUACUUGAGGCCACCUACGCGAUGCAGCUGCCACGCCAGACUGCUGACGGGUGCGCUCAUCUUCCUGCGGCAGUGCUGCUGCAGUGCAUGGCGCGGUCUCGCGGCUGGGUCGUGGGCAACGGUCUGCCGGACGAGGCGCGUUCCGGCCGCAUGCUGCUCAAGGACUACACCGCCGGCAAGCUGGUGCACUGCGAGUGGCCC